AUCAGGAUUCACGGACAAAACUCCAGCAUUUCUAACUCAGCCCCCUUUUUCUAAAACCAAGCCAACCUGUUGAGUGUAGCAGAGCUGAGGGCAGGGUGUUGGCGUACUGAGUGGAGAAAAGUCUCUGGUUGUGAGUCAGAUAUAUCCGCCUUCUUGGGAGAAAUAUCUUCGGUUUUGUCUUUGCUGCAUACAACCUGUGAGAGGUAAACAGCCUCCAGCGUGAAGAUGUCAAAGAUCUGUGCUUUGGUGUUGAUGACACUUGUGUCCCUGGUGUUGGCAGAGGAACAGAACUUGGAAGAUGACCCAUUUACCUUUGACUACCACAGACUGCGUGUCGGAGGCCUGAUUUUAGCUGCUGUCCUCUGUCUCAUUGGCAUCACCAUCCUGCUCAGUGGCCACUGCAGGUGCAAGUUCAACCAGUCCAAGAGAAGGAGGACAGGAAGCAAUGCUCAGCAGAUGCUCUCCGACCAAGGUCGUGCCUGCGACUGCUAAAUAUCUUCCAGAACACACACUGAUGUCCCAAACCUGCAACCAACAGAUAACACGGAGGAGCAGCAGCGGGAUUUGAUACAUCCAACGAGAGGCUUUUGUUUUAUUAUUAGACAGCAACAGAAAGUAGUGUGUGUGUGUGUGUGUGUGUGUGUGUGUGUGUGUGUACUGGCUGUGAGGUGUGAUGCUUUCUGCCUGAUAACUGAGCUACUGAUCUGCAGCCUGCACCUUCACACAUACACACACGUACAAGUUGUCACUUUCAUUUCAAUUAGCUGUUUUUCGUAUUUAGAAGUUAAAAAGGAUUUGAAAUGAAGAAACUGACAUAUAAAACAUUUGGUAAUCCCCUCCAUUUACUCAGUGUGAAUGCUUUGUCGUUCAUCGUCAACAGUUUCGGUUGAUUGAGCUGAAAGUGACCUCAUACAACAGUAACACAAACCUAUUACCAAAAAGUUCCUUAAGUGUCCACAUACUGUAGGUUGUGUCAAUGUCUCGCACUACUUCUGUUGCCUGUAUUGUAUGUGUAAGGUCAACAUUGAUGUAGAUAUUAGUCGCUUACUGUGGCCAGCCUAACCCACUGUCCGUGCUUUCAUGUCACAUAUAUGAAAUCCACGUAGUCAUGAGUGUUUAGAGUGCUGUUGAUAAUUCUUGAUAAUCUGUUAAUUCCCAUGUUUAGCUUUAUGGAGGAAAGUAGUGGAUUGCACUGUUCAGUGAUACAGAAACACUCUGUCAUGUUUCUAUAAAAGAACUGUUGAAACAAACAACAA